AUGUAUGUACAGCAAGGGUGCAAUGUUCAGGUGGAGCAUCCUGAUGGCUACCAGAGAUUUAAAGAGGAAAACCAUGUGGUCAGGAGAAGUGAUCGCCUAUGGUCUGGCCUCUCAGUUAAUCUUAUCAUCGAGCAGAUAAUGAUGAGGAGUACGAAGACCAGUGGUGGCCUCACAAGAGGGCGAGGGAUGACACAGCAGCAGCGUGUGUUAUGGCUCCUUGCUAUGUCAACUUGUAAUGAAGUCAACAAUGCCAUACCAGAGCUAACAGGAGUCAACUACAACACUGGGUCUUGCAAGCUUCAUUUGAAGCAGGAUGCUAUCCCUGUUGUGAAUCCUGCAAGGAGGGUACCUGAAGCAUUACGUAACCGACUUCAUGAAGAACUGAAUCGAAUGGAGAGCGAUGGCAUAAUCGCCAAGGUUAACACCCCGACUGAUUGGGUCAACUCCCUUGUUGUAGUAGAAAAACUAAAAACUGGUCAAUUGAGAAUAUGUCUAGACCCAAAAGCAUUGAAUGAGGCAAUACGUAGACCGCACUACCCUAUGCCGACACUUGACGACGUGACAGUACAGUUAGCUGGUUGUCAAUACUUUAGUCUUUUAGACAUAACUCAUGCUUACUGGAGCAUUAGACUGGACGAAGAGUCGUCAUAUUUGACAACGUUUAGCACCCCGUUUGGUAGAUACAGAUUCACCAGUCUUCCUUAUGGUCUCUGUUGUAGUCAAGAUGUAUUUUGUCAAAAAGUAGACGAAAUCUUUGGAGACAUGACAGGUGUCAAUGCAAUUGUUGACGACAUAUUGAUAUAUGGUCGGACAAGAGCAGAGCACGACAACAAUCUGAAAGCAGUACUAGACCGUGCCCGCGACAAAGGCAUUCGAUUCAACGUAGACAAAUGCCGCAUAGGACUGUCAGAGAUACCUUAUUUUGGUCAUAUGGUUACAUCAUCAGGGCUGAAAGCAGACACAGCCAAAAUAGAGGCAAUUGGGAAAAUCAAAACACCCAAAAAUCGUGCAGAGCUAGAGACAUUUCUUGGUAUGGUGACAUAUCUACAGAAAUUUGCCCCAAAUCUCUCCGAAAUUACAAGCCCAAUGAGAGAUUUACUUAAAAAGGACAUAGAGUUCGUCUGGGACCAACCUCAAAUUAACGCAUUCACAAAGGUCAAGCAGGUUAUCACAAAAAGCCCAAAUCUAGCUUAUUUUGAUCCAAAGAAGCCAGUUUAUCUUGAAUGCGACGCUUCUAUGAAUGGAGUGGGUGCAGCCAUUAUGCAAGAUGGUCGACCCAUAGCUUAUGCAUCUAAGACAUUGACGCAAACGGAACGCAAUUAUGCAAACAUUGAGCGUGAAAUGCUAGCCAUUGUGUUUGCAUGUCAGCGUUUUCACCAAUACAUAUAUGGUAGACAUGUAAUUGUACACUCUGACCAUAAGCCCUUGUCUGCAAUCAUGAAAAAGCCUUUGCAUGCAGCACCACCGCGUUUGCAGAGGACGAUGCUUAGUUUGCAAAAGUAUGACAUUGACGUAAGACAUGUAAGCGGGAAAAACGUUCCCAUCAGUGAUCUCUUGUCACGGAAACCUAUGUCAGAUAGUUCCGAAAUAAAAGGUCUUGACCUACAUGUUCAUACCGUGCUUUCAAGCAUGAGAUAUACUGACCGCAGUAUUGAAAAUGUGAGAAAGGAAACAAAGACCGACCUACAAAUGCAGGCAUUGAAACGGACUAUAGUUCAAGGAUGGCCAGAUUCUAGAUCAGAUUGCCUAGAACUGGUGCAUGAAUUUUUCAAUCACAGGGACGAAUUAUCAGUUGCCGAUGACCUAAUUUUCAGAGGUCAAACCUUGAUCAUUCCCAAGUCACUCAGACAGCACAUGAUUGAGCAAGUACAUUUAGGUCAUAUGGGCACUGACAAAAGCCUACAGAGAGCCAAGGACGUGAUGUUUUGGCCAGGCAUGAGCAAACAAAUAAAUGACUUCGUUUUGAACUGUAAAAUUUGUUUGUCACGCAGAAACUCAAAUCAAAAAGAGCCCAUGACAACCCACGACAUCCCAAAAGGACCAUGGCAAGAAGUUGCCACUGAUUUGUUCCAUUUUGAUGGAAAUGAGUAUUUACUUGUCGUUGAUUAUUAUAGCAGAUAUUUUGAAAUAGACAAGCUGCCUGACACAAAAUCAUCGACUAUUGUCAGAAAACUCAAAUCACGUUUCAGUACACACGGAAUACCAAUGCGUAUUUUCAGUGACAAUGGACCUCAGUACACAUCUGAGACUUUUAAGACAUUCGUCGAUGCGUGGCACAUUGAACAUGUCACAUCAAGCCCACGACAUCCAAAUUCUAACGGACUUGCAGAACGUACUGUACAGACUGUAAAACGACUGCUAGUAAAGGCCAAAGACAGUGGUCAUGACCCAUAUCUAGCAUUGCUAGAAUACAGGAAUACACCGAUGUCAGAUUGUAAGCAAUCACCUGUGCAAUUGCUUAUGAGCAGAAGAACAAGAUCUGUUUUACCUACAACAAUAUCUCAUCUGCUACCUAAACCUGUAAACUCUAAAAUGGUACCCAGCUGUGCCAACUCUCAGCAGUCUAAUUACCCUGAAGAGAUUCCCCAAAACUCCCCUGCCCCUUAUCAGACACGAUCUGGUAGAAUAGUGCAACCAAGUCAAAGAUACAAUCACGAUGAUUGGGUUAAAUGA